CAACACAAAGAAACAAUAAUAGAAAUAUAAAUUUAGCUUCAGAAUUUGUAAUUUUACAUCUAAACUAUGACUCGUGGAGCUUUGGAAGUGAGUUCUCCACCUACUCCUAACGUUCCGAUGGAGGGCUCGUCGUUGUCAUCGCCUUCUUCGUCGCGAAAUUCAUCUCUCUUCUUUUUCUUGGGAGGGAUAAUUUUUUUGAUAACACUACUCAUUCUUAUCGUAGUCAUAUGGAAAUUUGUUAAACCGGCAGUAUCGAUGAGGUUGCUAAAGAGAAACAAAAGCAAUAACAAAGGUGCUUCUGAUUUUCUGAGUGGGAGCCUUCGAACGGUAAGCUAUUACGAUUUCCAGACGUUGAAGAAAGCUACUAAUAAUUUUAAUCCGAGUAAUCUUCUCGGAAGAGGCGGAUUCGGGCCUGUCUAUCGGGGAAAAUUAGGCGAUGGAAGAGUAGUCGCCAUAAAAAUGUUGGCGCUUGAAAAAUCACAGCAAGGUGAAUCGGAAUUUCUCUCGGAAGUGAGGAUGAUCACAAGCAUCCAACACAAGAACUUAGUUCGACUUCUUGGCUGUUGCUCUGAUGGUGCUCAACGAUUACUUGUCUAUGAAUACAUGAAGAAUCGGAGCUUGGACCACAUCGUAUACGGAAAAAGAGAUCAAUUCUUGGAUUGGAACGCAAGGUUCCAAAUAAUUUUAGGCGUUGCACGAGGAUUACAGUACCUACACGAGGAUUCACACGUACGCAUUGUUCAUAGAGAUAUCAAAGCUAGUAACAUUCUCCUUGAUGAUAAAUUCCAACCAAGGAUCGGAGAUUUCGGCCUUGCCCGGUUUUUCCCAGAAGAUCAAGCUUACCUCAGCACUACAUUUGCAGGAACUCUGGGCUAUACGGCUCCAGAGUAUGCAAUAAGAGGAGAGCUAUCCGAAAAGGCAGACAUUUACAGUUUUGGAGUGCUUGUGCUUGAAAUCAUCAGCUGCAGGAAAAACACGGAUCUAACUCUUUCAUCCGAAAAGCAGUAUCUCCCUGAAUAUGCAUGGAAGUUAUACGAGAGGUCUAGUGUGACUGAUAUAGUCGAUCCUCGAAUGCGAGAACAUGGGUUCGUAGAAAAAGACAUCUUGCACGCAGUAGACGUAGCUUUGUUGUGUCUUCAACCUCAUGCGAACCUGAGGCCUCCGAUGUCGGAAAUUGUUGCCAUGUUAACAUGGAAAAAGGAAAUGAUGGGAACUCCUCUUAAGCCAGCUUUCUUAGAAAGAAGACGCCCCAUAAAUGAUUAUCUUUCUUGGGAUACCGUAUCCGAAGUUUUUCCUUCUCCUCCUCUGCCCAGUGAUUGUUCAUCAUUACCCCGGCUACCAAAUUGAUUACGCGAAUACAUCUAAUCUCAAGGAAAAUGACAACAAAAUCAUGUAAAUUAGCAUCAUUCUUUUUUGAAAUAAUGUUGUCUUAAUACACUCUUAUAGCUUGGUUAUUGAAAUUACACACUGUAACAUUGGGGGAUUAGUGUUUUUUGGAGUGCAAUUGAAUUACAAAUUUACAGUAAA